AUGGGGUAUGUAUUCAAAGAGGUUCUCAAGACCCUUUGUGGAGUCAACCAGUGGGAUUAUGCUGUUUUCUGGAAAAUUGGUUGCCAAAACCCCAAGCUUUUAAUUUGGGAAGAAUGUUAUUAUGCACCCCUAUCAUGUGCUGCUCUACCAGGGAUUUCCAGAAUUGAGAAUCCAAAAUUCGGUUACGAAGAUUAUAAUGCUUCCUGGUUUUCGACUGAAGAUCACAUUUUACCGCCCAGGGUUCAAGCAGGGAACAAAGUGCACAUGCUUGUAAAACAGAUGAUGUCGGACAAGCAUGUUAAUAUUGUAGGAGAAGGACUAGUUGGAAGGGCUGCAUUUACUGGAAACCAUCAAUGGUUUUUGUCUGAGAAAUUUACAAAAGAACCCCAUCCAACAGAGGUUCUGAAAGACCUAUGUCAGCAAUUUUCUGCUGGAAUGCAGACAGUGGCAGUUAUUCCGGUUCUUCCUCAUGGCAUUGUUCAACUUGGUUCACACUUGGCAAUUAUGGAGAAUAUGAUAUUUAUAAAUGAUGUGAAGAACUUGGUACUUCAGAUGGGAUAUGCAGCUGGUGGAUUACUAUCUGAUAAUUAUACAGCAGAAGUACUCUCUCCAGAAACAAGGGUGUCAGAAUGUCUUGGAAAUUUUACUCCUGGAGAUUUGUAUCUUGGAUCAAAUAUUAUGAACCCUACUCCUCCCAUUGCUGACAGUUACAACUAUGCUGGAAACUCAACUCAGACUUCUGGAUUUGUCAGUCAAAUAUCUUGUUCUUCAGCAAGACAAAUCCAGAAUAAUCUACUGUCAAAUGAUGCAGCAUUUCAAUCCUCGAACUCGAAUGGAAAUCAUGUGAAGCCACACGAUAAACACCUGGAAUCAGAGCUUGAUUCUGCUUUUAAGUUCAACUUUAAUUCCAAAAACCAAUGGGUGCAUGCAGUGACAAAAGCUGAAGUUAUCACCUCAAAUCCCGAAAUAUGGCUGAACCAACAGGGUUCUCUGAAUAUCCCGAGGUCCAUAUUAGUUCAACAACCUUCUUGCAGUUCAUCUACAUUAAAUAAUGGCAAUUUAAGAUGGGCGGAAUGUCAAAUAUUGUCGAGUUAUGGAACUCAAGGCCAUUUUAGCAACCAAAAUGUGUCCACUGGCAUUCCGAUGUCUGCACUGGGAACAAAUUCUGGUCUGAUUUCGGGUUCUAAUGAAGAUUCUGUGACUAUCCCAUCAGUUGAAGUUAAUGGACUACAUGAAGGUGCAGGUGGCCAAGUGAAAUUAAUAUCAGGAACAAAUUCUGUUUCAGAUACAACGUAUAGGCCAUCCAAUGGAAAUAUUGCCUCCAUGCAAUUAACCUCAUGUGGGCUUCCUAGUGCUAAUUCUUCCAAAAUGGAAGAAUCCUUUUCUGAUUCUUCAUGCUAUUUGACUACAAAUCACUUGCUUGCUCAUAGCUCUGGUAGCAAACAUCACUCUAUGGAUAAUAAAUUUGCAAAGAAUGAGUUGAAAGCAGCUGAGGACAGAUUAGAGAAAAAGAUAAUUCACACGAAUAAUAUUACCCACUCUCAACAUGAAGAGCAUCCGAAUUUGGCUGAGAUCAAUUCUGGCUUUCUUCAAGAUGACAGACAACAUGAAUUUGGACACGAGAAUUUGCAACUGAAAAAUGCUAAAUAUGAAGACGGAUGUGUCCAAACUCAAUCAGGAGAUGAUUUGUUUGAUAUUUUGGGUAUUGAUCUUAAGAACGAACUAUUGCGUAGUUGCUGGACUGGUAGUUUGAACGGUCUACCAGAUAUGAAUACAACUAAUUUGGCCAAGACUAAUCCUUUAGCUAUAAUAAGCCAGGAUGGUACUUCAGAAAUAUAUCCUACUAGCCAAGGAAAUUCAGAUAGUGGUAUUUUCUCUGUGACAGGCAGUGACCAUCUCUUAGAUGCUGUGGUCUCCAGGGUUCAUUCUUCGAGCUUGGAUGACAAUGCUUCUUGCAAGACAACAUCGACAUAUCCGAGUAGCUCCUCUGCAUAUAAUGCUUCACUUCCCUCUCGGGGGAUUAGGGUUUCUGAUCAAAUGAAGGAAGAGUUAUUUGGCAUUCCAAAAUAUAUGGUAAAAGCGGAAAUAUCGAGUUCUUGCUCAUUUAGGUCUGGAUGUUCCAAGGUUGAUUCAGGAACCCUUUCUCAAAGUAGCUCCAUCUACGGAUCACAAAUAUGUUCAUGGAUUGAAAAGGGUCGUGAGAUGAUACAGAGUAGCAGUGUGUCUACUGGAUACUCUAAAAAGCCUGAUGAAACGAGCAAAACAACUCGCAAGAGGCUUAAACCUGGAGAAAAUCCAAGACCCAGACCAAAAGAUCGCCAAAUGAUCCAAGAUCGUGUCAAGGAAUUAAGGGAAAUUGUGCCAAAUGGGGCUAAGUGUAGCAUUGACGCUCUUCUUGAACGCACUAUCAAGCAUAUGCUUUUCUUGCAAAGUGUCACAAAGCAUGCUGAAAAGCUAAAACAAACAGGAGAGUCAAAGAUUGUUAACAAGGAUGGCGGAGUACUUACAAGAGAUAAUCUUGAAGGAGGAGCUACAUGGGCCUAUGAAGUUGGUUCACAAUCUAUGGUCUGCCCUAUAAUAGUUGAGGAUCUAAAUCAGCCUCGUCAAAUGCUUGUGGAGAUGCUCUGUGAAGAACGAGGUUUGUUUCUGGAAAUAGCUGAUAUGAUUAGAGGAAUGGGGCUAACCAUUCUGAAGGGGGUUAUGGAAAAUCGGAAUGACAAAAUCUGGGCACGCUUUGCAGUAGAGGCAAACAGGGAUGUCACGAGAAUGGAAAUCUUUAUUUCACUUUUGCCUCCAUUCCCAUUACUGACUAAUCUCAGGUUCCGAUGGCAACUGACAACUUCUGAAGUUCAUGAGCUGAAAUCGUCAACAGUGUUUUGGAGCGUGGAAGAAACUUAG